UCUUAUUCCCCGUUUGAAAGCAUGAAGACCGUCACGAAGAAUAAGGAGCAAACGAUAGGCUGCAAGAUCACAGGCUGGAAUUAAGAAAAUGAUUGAUGAAGUGCUCUUGUCUCGACUUGAUGAAAAUUGCCGUUCGUGGUCAUGGAUGAUUUUGUCCGUAACAAAUUAAUUGAAUGGGGCUUCAGCGAGUGGAUAGAAAGAUUUGAAGAUCAACGUAUUGACACGGAGAGUCUUUAUUGUCUCGAUGAACACGAAAUCGACGCCUUGAUCCCAAUAGUGGGACCAAGGUCAAAGUUCAAGAAGAGACUCAAGUUGUUAAAGGAACAAAACACAGCAAAUCCAGAAACAGUUGAUUCGCCUACUCAAGUUUGUCCGUCCACCAGCGGCACAAGUGAUGAAGGAAAGAGAAGGUUGGAUCUUCAGGGCAAGUCUAGCCAAUCACCAACUAAAAAACAACGACUUCACACAAAACCAGGAUCAUACUCAGAAGAAAUCAUACUGUCUGAUGUGAAAACCAUCAUGAGAUGUGUCGAUCAGAAAAUACCUAGCCAAGACAACAAGCUAAACAAUUUCCUGAGGAAAAAAAUCAGUGGUUUGGAGACAGACAAGAGGGAGAUGGUCGGUGUCUUUGGCAAAACCGGGGCUGGAAAGAGCUCUUUGAUAAAUGCCGUCAUUGGAGUGAAGAAUCUCUUGCCCUCUGGAAGAGUCAGUGCAUGUACCUCAGUCAUGAUUAAAGUGGAGGCUAACAUGCAGAACUCAAAGUAUGAGGCAGACAUUGAGUUCAUUACAGUAGAGGAGUGGACCGAUGAGCUGUGGUUCUUGUUAAACUUCCUCGGGGAUGAUGCGGAUCAGGAAAGUAAUCAGAAAGAUGACGAUGAUCGUCGGGAUAUUGUUGAAAAGCUGUCAGCACUGUAUGGAGAAGACUGGGAAAAAAAAUCUCGUGAAGACCUCAUGGAUGGCAAAUAUUUCAAAGAGAUCCCAGAAUUUCGACUUCUCAAGAAAAAGACUUUGACAGGCGAAACAGCUAAAGAGCUAUCUGCGAAAUUAGUCAUAUACACAAGAAGCGACCCAAAAGAUGGAGAAGGUCAAGAAGUGAAGAGGUGGUAUUGGCCACUAGUGAAGUGUGUGACUAUCAGGGUGCCAAAUAAUGAUCUUCUUAAGCAUGUCACAAUUGUUGACCUUCCUGGAAAUGGGGACCGUAACAAGGGCAGAGACAAGAUGUGGCAACAGGUCGUUGGAAGUUGUUCCACUGUGUGGAUCGUGACUGACAUGAAUCGAGCUGCGGCAGAGCCAGAAGCCUGGGAGAUCCUGAAAAGUGCCAGUAGCUUCAUGGGAAAUGCUGGCGAGUGUCGGCAUAUUCACUUUAUCUGCACCAAGUCUGAUCUUAGUGAAGAUUCAGAAGAUCAUUCAGCAGCUGGUGUUCGUGAUUUCAUAUUGAAAGCAAACGAUCAAGCAAAGAAAGAAGUGAGAAAAGAAUUCAGCAAACUACACACGGUUAAGAAACAUUUCAGUGAUGAAAGUUUCGAAGUGUUCACAGUGAGCUCCAAAGAGUUUCUAAAAAAGAAACUUCUAAAUAAAGAUGACACUGAAAUACCCAAACUUCAGAAAUUUCUGCAGAAUCUCAAUGACAGUCACUCAGAGACGUUAAACUAUGUGUCUGGAGCUCUUGGGAUUCUCUCUCUGAUUCAAGGGGCCAGCCGUAGAGAAGGGGCUGACAUGAAGACAGAUGUUUGCAAAGUCCUGAAACAAAAUUUGAAGGAUGAACUUGAUAAAAUCAGGGAACCCAUGGAAGAGACUUAUCAGGCUUUCGAAAAAUGCCUCAGUGAGGGGGUUGAAAAAUCAAAAUGUUCACGUGAAGAAGUCUUGAAGAAGGCCAUACAUCCUAGAAAGACAGGUCGUGGUUUCCACAAGAUUCUGAAGUGUAUAGUACAGCGCGAUGGCAUCUACAAAAAAACAAAAAAAGAUAAAGAAAUAAACCUCAAUAUGAAGUUAUCUGCAUGCCUGACUGAGAGCAUUGAUGAAAAAUUCAAGAAGACCUUCCCAAAUGAAGGAAAAUGUGGACCAUUUAAUGGCGUCCUCAAUUCGUUUUCACUUGACAUGAAGAAGAUGAGGGAGAAGACAAAGUAUAAAGAUGUCAAGCUGCAACUGAUGUUUCUCAUUACAGAGGAAGAAAAGUUGAAGACAAAACUCAACAAAAUCAUUCGCGAUCGUAAGAAAACGAUUUACAGCAGUCUGACGGAAACGAUUCAGACAGCCAUGCAGGAAUGCUACAAUGAUGCAAAACAAUUUAGUGGAGAUGGCACGCUGCAAAACAUGAGGGACACUAUUGUGAAGCACGUACAUGGGUCAAAGGACGUCAUGUUUCAGGAAGCUAAAGAUGUUAUGUUGAACCAGCUGAGGGACUUGAUGGAUGACAUCCUGGAGAACCUGGAUGAAACAAUGCAGGAAUCAAUCGAGCUGUCGCUCAAGACUGAUGGUUUCUCAAUCCCAGACGUUACAGUGGAGCUUGAGAUGGUGAGGAACCACCAUAAAGAACUGAUGGGAAGCCCAGAUGAAGAAAACCACUAAUCUGUGCUGCACAGCUGAUUACCAACUGAAGAGCCCCGCGGGCUCACUGAUUAGAGCCGGGAGGCCUCUGGAUUGAUCUCCACCAUUUUUGUCAGGCCAUUUAAUCCAUGUUCUCUUUGAGGGUUGUUUUGAUAUAUACUUUGAAUUAGCUUGUUGUGACUUAAAUGCAUAGAGAUUUAAGAUUUUUCUAUAUUUGGUAGCGCAUUUUUGCUUUUAAUUGAUAAAAGAUGCAGACAGAAAAUGUGUGGGGGGUGAGAGCGGGAUGUCAUGCAGCAAAGGUCCCCAGUUGGAUUCAAACCAGGGACGCUAGGUUUUUCACAGUACUGGUCUUAGUCACCAGUCCACUAUGAUAUUUCAGAUACAUUUUAAUUUUAAUGAUUCAACUUUUUUUUUCUUCUUUAAUAUAGUUAAGUAUAAGUUAAAGUUUUUAAACUCUGCCAUUCUGCCAUGUAAAUGUUUACACAUUUUCAUAAAAACAUGACGAUUUGGCAUUUUUAAAAAAGCAAAAAAAGAGAGUACAGCAAUGUCAGCAAACAACAUCAAGAGACUGAAUACUAUUGACACAGAAAUGAUGUAUCACAGUGAACUAUAGUGGGUGUACCAAUUCCUUAACAAUAAUAUAUUCACAUGAAUAUUCUUUUAUUUAGAGUCUGACCCUUAGUGUUGACUUGGGCAGUGGUACAGAGAAUUUGGCAUGCAUUUGACAUGGUCUCAAUAAUUCAGUUUUUCUCAGUGUCUGCUGUACAUCUCCUGUUAUGUGAAGCUACAUUAAUGUAACAGUGCUCCAGUGUGUUAACACAUAUAUCACAAAUGUUGAAACACGCUGAAAUGCCUCAGUGGUAAUGUAAACUCAGCACCAUUUAAUAAAGAAACAAAGCACAAACAGGUACUCAAAGCCCUUGAACAAAACACUUGUAAUUAAUGUGUUAUACUCACUUAAAUGCUUUCAUGUGACUGUCAGCAUGAAAGCGAUUUUAAAAUGUCUCCUACAGCUAUAAGCACUAGACGUUUAUGAAUGCACCUGGUAAAGAUAUGCAUGCUAACAUGUGACGCAAAGGCAAUACUCUUCGGCAAGAUACAAAUGAUUUCCUAAUAACUCUUAACUUCUUUUAGAUUGCAUUUAAAUACUUAUUUUUUUCUUCUUUAAUAUAUUUAAGUAUAAGUUAAAGUUUUUAAAGUUUUUUGUCCAUUUUUUUUAUCUUAUAUUAGUAUUGGUUGAUUGGAAUUGAAAUUCCAAUGAUUUUAUGGCUGUUAAACAUAAAUCCUGAACCUUGAUCACAGUACAUACUGUAGGUUUGAUUUGACAAAGACUUUAGGCUUUUCAAAGAAGGAUCUGACAUUUCUUCUUUAAUGUUCAAGGACAAAAUUAGCUUGCUGUGUUUUAUGCUAGUGUUUUCGAAGUAUGUUCAUUCAUUCAUGAAAUAUUUGAUAGAACUAGAUGAUAUUAAUAAACCAGCCUAUCUGGUUUCUCAUUAUUUACUGAACAAUUGUUUUGUUUUAAUCUUCACAGGUUUUGUCAUGGUAUACAGUCCAAUAAAGAUCACUUUCAAAGUU